AGCCAUCCAAGCUCACCAGCCUGACAGCAUGCUUUGAAGCUGUCGGCGGAGUUCUGAGUUGAGGAGAGAUGGAGCUUCCGUCGCGAAGAUCGGAGACCUCGAGCUUUGGAAAGGCUCCGGCCUACCGGCCCCGGGAGGCUGCCUUCUACGGCCGGCUCAAGGAGGCCACUUUGGACCUGGGGGCAGCCCACAUUGACUCUUUGCGCGCGAUUUUUACCUCGCGCGUACUGCAAACUCGGGCUCGCCUGCAUGGAUUGACGAUUUCAAAUACGCAGAGCCUUGAUACGAAGCACCACCAAUCGGGCCUUCGCGGCAAUGUCCUGGCACUUGGCUUGGGCCUGCUAGAGAGGACGGAGGCAGUGUUGGACUUGCUGCUGCAGCUGGCGGAUACGGAGAAUCAGGACAAUCACGAGGCAGUCAAGGAAGUUCAACAUGGAGAUGAUCGUCCAUUUGGCUUCUUGGACGUGCCCAGGGUGAUCUCCAGCCAAGUUUUGCAGACGUUCGCGAUGCCGCUCUCAACGUCUCACACCGUCAGAGUGACCUUCGUCGGUGUGCAGGACACCUGCGUCUCUUUGAUGCACGUCCUGCGGAUUCAAGAGCUCUGGGAGCUUCUCAGAGGUCUUCACAGCUGGGCGCAGGAGAAGCAGAAAGAGUUGACGGACGACACUGAGGGAACUCCAGCGGUAGCUGUCCGAGCGGCCAACAUCGCGCGAAAAGGCUGUGAGAAGCUCCUUGGGGAUAGGUUCGAGCGCCUCCUGAAUAGCGGCAUCGUGGUUCGGCUCCUGGGCCGCGGACCGGAGGAGGCGCACGAGCACGAGUUGGAGCAGGGACAGGCCACCACCGUGAGCAUUGAAGAGAUCCUUGAGGGACAUACUCCUGAAAGUUUGUCGCAGCUGAAUCUGGGCGAGCUGCAGAGCGGCCGAGGGCGAUGUAUCCAUUUGGUGGUGAGGAAUUCUUUUUUUGAGCUCGUGGAGGAGGAGAGCCCCCGCGAGUUGCGGAGGGCGCAGUCAUGCGACGCUGUCUUGACUGCGGCCGGGAUUUUGUCUCCUCAGGCAGAUGCGGCUUCUGAAACCGAUGACGUUCCGGGAGCUGCAGGAGGCCAUGCUCCAGCUGAAUUGGCCGUUGGCGACGUGCCUUCGGGCUUUCUUCGACACCCCAGCAGCUCCAGUACAGCGCAACCCGCCGAAGCUGUGGGCAAUGCGACCGCCUUGGAGGAGCUGGCAGGUGACGUAGGUGACGAUGACAACGGCGACAUUUGUGACGAUGCUGAAAGGAUGACUGUGAUGCUUCGCAAUGUGCCGCAGCAGUUCACUCGCAACAAUAUCCUCGAGCUGCUGGACUGGGCGGGUUUCCGUGGCAGGUACGACUUCGUUUACCUUCCUGUGGACUUCACCAGGGGACGCAGCUUGGGGUAUGCAUUGGUGGGGCUGGUUAGCCAUGAAGCAGCAGAAGAGCUGUUGGAAAAGAUCCAGGGGUGCUGCUUUCCCGGAGAAGACCCUAGCAUUCAAUGCGAAGCAUCUUGGAGUCAGCCGCACAGGGGGCUGUCUGGCCACAUCGAGCGCUACCGCAAUAGUCCUGUGAUGCACCCCAGCAUGCCAGACGAGUACAAGCCGGUGAUCUUCGCGGACGGGCAGCGCAUCACCUUCCCGGCGCCCACCAAGACCAUCCGCGCGCCGAGGAUCCGGCAUCCCAAAGCCCGCCGAGGGCCAUCAGGACGAAGCUAGUGAGACCCAAGUGUCGAGGGGCGCCCAGGCUCAGCUGGAGUUGCCCCGUUGUACAAAUGUUUGUAGCAUCUUGCUGAGCCAAGCUUGGAUAUGUGAGCGUUCCUUUCCCGUUGUCAAGGCCCAGGGCACCCCCAAUGCCCCUAGGGGGCCAGUGACUACCUAUGGGCUAAGUUCGUGAGCGCCGAACCCUGGGGGAGUCCCCUUGGGCCCUUGACGAUGGCCCCUUCUUGGGUCACUCUAAGCUUCCGCUCGGACAGGCACGUUUGAAUAGCACGCCUUUGCACGGCUGACCCCUUUUAUGAAAGGAGCAGCCCGGGCGAAGGGUCCGUUGUGACUCGGCGCUCCCUUGAAGCGGUCCGUGUUUCGCUGCAGCGACGCGGAGCGCUUCCGGAGUUCAGGGUGCUAUUGCCUUCUUGACCGGCAGGUUUCUCCCCUCGACAUGCGCGGGGCUGGACCAACAGCUGUUACAGCAGCUGAGAGUUGUUUUGUAGGCACAGGCGGGGUAACGUGGCAUGAUGGCAUGUGGCUGCA